AAUAAUUAUUAUAGUAACUAGUUUAAUUAAAAUAAAAUAGAAAAUCAUGUCGGGAAAUAGAUGCGCAUUUAGGAAAUGUUCCAACAGUCGUGCAAAAGUUAAAGGAUUGAAAAUGUUCUCCUUUCCCCGGGAUACUGACACAGCAAAGAUCUGGGUGAACAACUCAGGGAAUCUAGAACUGAUAGAAUUAUCACCAAAAUCACUUGGUAAAAAGGAUAUAUGCGAGCAGCAUUUCCAACAGCAGGAUAAUUUACCCAGUGGACGUCUCAUGAGAGGUGCCUUUCCGCAAGUCUAUUGUGGCUGUGACAGUGAUCCGGGCCCAUCCACAACCAUUCACUCAUCUAGUCCAGCUUCUCCUCGUUUCAACAUAACAUUGGCGUCACCAAUGUUUCUAUGAUGCAUCGGACCAGCUCUAAAAAGCUCUAAACUAACAGUAAAGUAGGAAAAUAAUGAAAAUAAUAAAAUCGUCAUUUCUUCAAUCAAUUGUAACUUUCUAAUGAUAUUGGAAUCGGAAGUAUUGUCGACUAGAGUGAGAAAAAGAGAAAAUUCUGCACAUCCUUGACUAUAUUUUGAAGUUCCAAUUGAAGUAUUUCAAAAGAU